GUGAGUCUGACGCUGCUCCACUGGGCUGUGAUUAUAGGGGCGUGUUUCAAUCGAACCAGGAAAGAAAAUGCCUCUGCACUCAAUUGGAUAGACCUCCAACCAAUCGGAGCAACGGAGACAGACUCCAUAGAAGCUGCGAAUCAAAGGCAGGCUUCGACCAAGGGGCGCUGUACUGCCCAGGAUGUCUUCCAAGGCUCACGGUUCCAAUAACAUCGCCCAUGCUCGGCGGACGGUGCAGCAGCUGAGAAUAGAGGCCAGCAUUGAGAGGAUAAAGGUAUCCAAGGCCUCUGCAGACCUUAUGAACUACUGCAGUGAACACGCCAGAAACGACCCUCUCCUUAUGGGCAUCCCUGCCUCAGAAAAUCCCUUCAAGGACAAAAAGCACUGCACUAUAUUGUAGUGGAUGCCACGUAGCCUUUAUGCGUUUAUUUGUUUGCUUAUUAAUGUUGCUGUAUUCUUUUUGCUGGGAGGAGUGAAGGGUGGACUGCGAUCGUAUCAUUACCAUGUGUUCACCGGUUCUGUUAACAAGUCAGCAAUUCAACCAGGAGUUUCUCAAAAACAGCAGUUUAUAGUGAGCAAAAGAAGGCCACACUAAUGCCACUGUUCAGUUUGAGCUCUGACCAUUAACUCUUAAGACUUGGGCUGUGUGAGUUGCAAUGGGCAUCAGGUACAUAAUGUUGCUUAAAUAGUAAUCAACAGCAGAAUAUUGUAAUAGCACUGGCACUCCUCCGUGAUGGAUUUGGUCCAUACCCUACUGUAUGUAAACAGUCUCAUGUCCAUUGGGAGAUGACUGUUGCUGUCUCUCUGGUUUGCCUUAAAUGGAUCCCUACAGCCGAAGUUUCCUUUCAGUCCUUAAAAAGCAUAUUAGUUUUAAGAUGGAUAAUAAUGGCUCUUAUCAUGUGGCUUCAGUCUUCCCACCAGUUUCGAUCACUGAAUUCCAGUGUUGUAGUACUCAAGAUCGGUCUUGGUCUCAAGACCACUUUUUGAAUGUCUCUGUCUCGUCUCGGAAUCGACCUCAUAUUUACUCGGGCUGGUCUCUGACUCGGAUAAAGUGGACUUGGGAAUGUAUUUCAAGACCGGUCAGGACCACAACUGCAGGGAUAUCACUAAGUGGCCUAAUUGUCGUUAUGAUUGGAUGUAAAACUUCCAAUCACAAAGCUUCAAAUGCAACCAAUCUCAUUUCUAAUUUGAAAAUGUGUUACU